AUAAAUGAAAAUACAUUAUAUUUGUAAUAGUGUUUGUAAUCACAAAACACCUGCAUUUUUCUAUAUUUACUAAACGAUUGUAAACUUAAAUGAAAGCAUUGAAAGUUGUAAACGCCAUACAAAUUGUCGUGAUUUGGACUUAGCUUUUAAUAAAGUUUUUAUAAAGUUUGUGAAACAGUUAGGUUUGACUCUUUGUGAAACAAACAUAAAAUGGAAUCCAUAGAAAAGACUAACGGAUCAACAACUGUAGUCCGGACACAAUCAGCACCAGUGAAGGAGUCACCGCCAUCACCAAUACCCACACCCACACCCACACCCACACCCAUACCCACCACUCCACCGGCUAAUGCUAACCAAUCGGCAAAUUUUGAAGAAUUAUUUCGUGUGUUCGCAAAAUUUGGUGAUCCGAAAGGUGUUGGCGAUGCUAUCACUCUAUCAAAUAGUGAUAAAUGGUUCAAACAAUCAAAAGUCAUCGACGGCAAGAAAUUAACAACAGUUGAUACCGGGAUUUACUUCAAACAAAUUGCUAAGACAAAGAGAUCAUUGAAUUUAUCAGAAUAUUGUCAAUUCUUGGAAACGAUUGCUAAAAAUAAAAAAUUAGAUUUGAAUGAAAUUAAACAUAAAUUGGCUACAAGUGGUACGCCAUCAACCACUAAGACAACAACUGCAGUGACUACAGGUGCUGUCGGCAGACUUACAGAUCAUACAAAAUAUACCGGUUCUCACAAACAGAGAUUUGAUAACUCCGGCAAAGGAAAGGGUAGAGAGGGUCGAGAGGAUGUGUCCAACAAAUCUGGAUAUGUGUCCGGAUUUAAAGCCGAAGAACAUCAUUGAAAUCAUUUUUCUUAUUUCAUUCAUAACUUAUUAAUAUAAGUUAAAUGACUGUUAAAUAAUAGAAAAAGUAAUUUUAUGUUACUAUUCACAAAAUUCAAGUAUUAUAAUUAGUAUUAUAGUAUUAAAUAUUAUAAUUUGUAUAAUUUUAUACAUUCAAUCAUUGCAGUAAUCGUAACAAUUUUGGGCAAAAUAUAAUAUAAUUGUUGGGCUUUAAAAAAUUUAUUGUAAUAUUAUACUAGAAUUUAUAUUAUAACUUAAUGUUUUGCUGCAAUAGUCUUGAGAAAUGAUUAGAACUUUUUUA